AUGGCCGUCCCCAACAUCAAGCUGAACAGCGGCUUUGACAUGCCCCAGGUGGGCUUCGGUCUGUGGAAGGUUGACAACGACAUUGCCGCCGACACCGUCUACGAGGCCAUCAAGGCCGGAUACCGUCUGUUUGACGGCGCCUGCGAUUACGGCAAUGAAGUUGAGUGUGGCCAGGGUGUUGCCCGCGCCAUCAAGGAGGGUCUCGUCAAGCGUGAGGAGCUCUUCAUCGUCUCCAAGCUCUGGAACACCUUCCACGAUGGCGAGCGCGUAGAGCCCAUCGUCAAGAAGCAGCUCGCCGACUGGGGCGUCGACUACUUCGACCUCUACCUCAUCCACUUCCCCGUCGCCCUCGAGUACGUCGACCCCUCCGUCAGAUACCCUCCCGGCUGGCACUACGAUGGCAAGUCCGAGAUCCGCCCCUCCAAGGCCUCCAUCCAGGAGACCUGGACUGCCAUGGAGAGCCUCGUUGAGAACAAGCUCUCCAAGAGCAUCGGUGUCUCCAACUUCCAGGGCCAGCUCCUCUACGACCUCCUCCGCUACGCCAAGAUCCCUCCUGCUACCCUGCAGAUCGAGCACCACCCCUACCUGGUCCAGCCUGACCUGAUCAAGCUGGCUGCCAACGAGGGCAUCGCCGUCACCGCCUACUCUUCCUUCGGCCCUGCUUCCUUCAAGGAGUUCAACAUGGAGCACGCUACCGACUUUGUCCCUCUCUUUGAGGAGCCAACCGUCACGGCCAUUGCCAAGAAGCACAACAAGGAGCCUUCCCAGGUCCUUCUCCGCUGGGCUACCCAGCGUGGUCUUGCUGUCAUCCCCAAGACCAGCCGCAAGCACGUCCUUGCCCAGAACCUGUCUGUCACCGACUUCGACCUCGAGCAGUCUGAGAUCGACAAGAUCAGCUCCCUUGACAGGAAGACUCGCUUCAACCAGCCCGCAAACUACUUCCCCACUGAGAAGCUUUGGAUCUUUGGUUAA